AUGUGCUUGACCAUCUUUUACAUUUGUCCCCACUGUACAUCGCGUUGCGGCCGGUCAAAGACCAUCUCCAACCACGGGGAGGACACGUGCCCUGGUAUCAUUGAGCAAACCCGGCUCAUGAAGCCUCCGCACUUCGUGGACUGGUUUUGCGAAGGCCGCAAUUGCCCCUACAGUGAAGAGGGCCGGAGGAAGACCGAGGCCGAAGAGCGUGCCCUUCUCAAGAAGCAAAAGGCGGCCGUCGCACACCGGAUAUCCCUCGCCUCCCCCUCCACCAGCCGCCAAGGACCCGUCCCCCGCGCAGAGUCGCACGACUCCGACGACACGGAGGACACGGAGGACACGCAGAUGAAGGACCUCGGCGAAGACGAGGCAGCCGUCGUCCCCCGCGCCGAGUCGCACGACUCCGACGACACGGAGAUGUCGGAGGUCGGGGAAGGCGAGGGAACCACCGACAUGCUCGAGCCACCAGUCGACGCGGCAGCCGAGGCAGACCAGGAGGACCGGGAAGCGACGCCACGUGCGGCGGCACGGCCGGGGCAGACGCGGUGCGGGUCGGAGAUCCCGAUGCCGGCACCGCCGCCGUUGACCAAUCGCCACCCCAACCUCCGGCCGGCGUGGGCACGGUCGGGGACGGCGAAGGACGGCAUCGAGCAGUACAAACUCAACUUCGACGAGGAAACGUGGGCCCAGAUCAACGCGCUCGCCUCCACCACCGUCAGCGGCGCGUCCCUCGGCAACUCCUGGGAAGGACACGAGGAGAGGUUACUCGUUCUACUGCGCAACUGCGGCGUGCCGUGGGCCUACAUGAAUUCGUUCAUCCCGCGACACACUACCUACGGAUGCAAGAGCCAAUAUAGCCGUCUGAAGAGGAAUGCUUCGCUGUAUAAUGCACAAGACACUACCUGUACCGAACCCCCAACAAAGCGCCAACGCAUGCACGACGCGCCAAACUGA